GGCUGGGGCCAGAGCGCAGGAGCUGCCCAGGGGCUGUGGUCCUGAAAGUGCCACUCCGGGAGCUAACCAGGGAGAAGAGGUACUGAACACCCGGCUAAAGCAGCUGCAACAAGGGCAUCUGCCCGAAGGCAUCCUGGGGGAGCGGGCAGAACUCCAAGGAAGGAGUAGAAGAAGUAGCAACCAAAGAAACCAGACCCCGUGGUGUUCCUAAGAGGCAGUGGCCGGGCUUAACAUGGAUCGCUAACAGCACCACAUUCUCCUAUGACCUGGAUGGUCAGAGAGACUUCACAGAGUUCACGCCAGGGACUGCCACUGACAGAGAAUCUGGAAAUGGCAAAAACUUAUGUGAAACCCAAAGACAUGACAGAGUUGGUCAACACGCCAUCCUGGAUGGACAAAAGUCUGGGCUCUCAGAAUGAGAUGAAGGAGGAGGAGAGAAAACCAGCUGCUUAUGGGAUUCUUGGCAGCUUAGUUGAAGAGCAUGACAGUAUUGAGGAAGAAGAGGAAGAGGAAGAGGAUGGGGAGAAGCCUAAGAGAAGGGGUCCCAAGAAAAAGAAGAUGACAAAAGCUCGCCUUGAGAGAUUCAGGGCUCGAAGAGUCAAGGCAAAUGCUAGAGAACGAACCCGGAUGCACGGCCUGAAUGAUGCCCUGGACAACCUAAGGAGAGUCAUGCCGUGUUACUCUAAGACCCAAAAGCUCUCCAAGAUAGAGACUCUUAGACUGGCCAGGAACUAUAUUUGGGCUUUGUCUGAGGUCCUGGAAACUGGCCAGACGCCUGAAGGGAAGGGCUUUGUGGAGAUGCUCUGUAAAGGGCUCUCUCAGCCCACAAGCAACUUGGUGGCUGGAUGCCUCCAACUGGGCCCUCAAUCUGUCCUCCUGGAGAAACAUGAGGAGAAAUCUCCUAUUUGUGACUCUGCCAUCUCUGCCAUCUCUGUCCACAACUUCAACUAUCAGUCUCCUGGGCUCCCCAGCCCUCCUUAUGGCCAUAUGGAAACCCGUCUUAUUAAUCUCAAACCCCCAGUAUUCAAGAGUUUGGGCGAAUCAUCCUUUGGGGGUCACCCACCUGACUGCAGCACACCACCAUAUGAGGGCCCACUUACUCCACCCCUGAGCAUCAGUGGGAACUUCUCCUUGAAGCAAGAAGGCUCUCCUGACUUGGAUAAAUCCUACAGCUUCAUACCACAUUACCCCUCUGCAAGUCUGAGCUCAGGGCAUGUGCAUUCAGCUCCCUAUCAGGCUGGUACCCCUUGCUAUGAUGUUCCCAUAGAUAUGUCCUAUGAUACCUACCCCCACCAUGGUAUUGGGGCUCAACUCAAUACCAUCUUCACUGAUUAGGGCAGUAAGAACAGCAUUUUGGAGGAUUAUAUGGCAAUGUUUCCCAUAAUUUACAUGGUUGAGCUGAAGACCCAGUGACCUUAAAGGAACCCUAUAGCUAUAAGUAUAUCACACACAAUAAUCCCUGUCUAUUUAGACCUCCUUACCUAUGUCACACUCUUUUCUCAUCAACUUCUCAAAUUGUAUUGAUUCCUUUAUUUAGUGUUCUCAAAUGAAAUUAUUUGAUUGUUUACAAUCAUGUGGAAAUAGAACAGAAGCCCUGGGUCCUAUUCUGUGGCACCAAAACCAUAUUGAAAUAUCUAUGUCAAUUUAAUUUUCCAUUUCUGGCCUCUGUUUACUCACUGCUAAAAUCAGGCAAUGUUGUAAGUCUAGGUGAUUUCUAAAGUCCUUCACAGUUCUGAAAUUAUAUAACUUUGGUGAUGACUCCUGUCAACUUAUUGAAACUGAACGGAUUGAGAAAUAAUUAGGAAAUGGACACUAUGUGUGGAAUGAUCAAAUGGAGUUGUCAAAAGAGCACCAGGUGCACGUCUCUAGGGGACUCAAUGAUAGGACUUCUUUGCAUCUAUCUAAAAAUAGCCUCCAGAGGCUGAAAUUCUAAGUUGGCUGUCGCUGUGAAUAACAAAACAUGUUCUUUAAGAGAUUAACUAUCUCUUGUUGGGCCGAGAAAGCGUAACAUAUCUUCCUUGGUAUUUUGAGAACCAUAGCAGACAUCUCAUUCCAACUUCAUUCCUGAUAACAUUUCAAAAGCACUCUUCUCAGUACUAGAGGUGGUGCAAGCAAGUCACUGAAAUCUCAGACUCCUAUGACCAAUGGGACUUAGAGAAGCUAUCUAGACCAUUUCAUGGCCUCCAUAACCAGUAGGCUCUGGAAAUUCUGAAGCUCAGGUGCUGCUAUUGGAAUCAGCAAACAACCUAGGUCACAUUCAAGAGCAAUAAAAUGGCUUUUGGCUAUAUUAACUAACCUAGUUUGGGGACUCCCUCUAGCUCACACUUGUCUAUAGGGAAACCACUAGAUUUUCUUUGGCAAGAUGAAUUUUAUUUGGUUGAAGAAUAUAUGGUUAAAACCACUUACCUCUGUCCAUACCAAUGGACAAACCCAAUCAAUUUAUUAACCAAAUGAAUUUUUCCAAUAUAUGUA